AUGAGGCCGACUGCUUUCACGGGUCUUUCUCUCGGCCUUGCCUCUCUAUCGAGUGCUGUCAAGUACGGAUACAACCAUGUCCCUGUUAUACACGACUCGGAAAUAGUUGCUAGUGCAUUCGAGAAUGUCGACCAUAUUGAGCUCCUGUCCCCGGCGUUCAUGACACCCGACGUCCGACUUCCUGGAUUCCCCAAUGGCACUCAAGGACCGUCUUUUCAAGACGAUAUGGAGACGUUCCUUGAGGAACUCGCCGAGCGCAACAACUACAUGACCUAUGGCACCGCGGACUUCACCUCAGAAGAGGGCCGCUCGUUCCCCUACGUCCACCUCUCGUCUAGUCAGGGAAGCCCCCUCCACCUCCACGAUCCCGGCUCGAAAGUGCGCGUGUGGAUCCAGGGCGCUGUCCAUGGCAACGAGCCCGCGGGCGACGAGGCCACACAAGCCCUCCUGGGCAAGUUCGACGCCGACCCUGAGUGGGCGGCCUCAAUUCUGGACAAGCUGGAGCUCUUCAUCCUCCCGAGGUAUAACCCAGACGGCGUCUUCUACUUCCAGCGUGCCCUCGCGGUCAACCUUGACCCGAACCGCGACCAUAUCAAGCUGGCCCGCCAGCAGACGCGCGAUAUCAAGCAGCUCAUGAAUGAUUUCAAUCCCCAUGUUAUCGUCGACAUGCACGAGUACACUGCUGGGUCACCGUUUGGCGAGGGACAGUACGUCCACGGGUCUGACGGCUUGUUCUCGGCCGCGAAGAACCUCAAUAUUAACGAGGGUAUCCGCCAGCUAUCCGAGAAGCUCUUCGCUAAGAACAUUGCCGAUGACAUGAAAGCGGCAGGCCUGCGCGCCGAGCCAUACGUCACCGGCUCCUCGGCAUCGGAUCCCAAAUUCGUCGCGGACUUCGUCGAGGCAGGCACCGACGCCAAGAUCGGUCGCAAUGCGAUGGGCCUCACCCAGGCUGUCGUCUUCCUGCUCGAGACGCGCGGCAUCGGCCUCGCCGACCAGGAGUUCCAGCGACGCACCGCCGCCGGCCUGACCAUGCUCGGAAGCAUCGUCCAGACGGCCGCCGAUCAUGCGCAGAAGGUUCUCACAAGCGUCGAGGGCGGGAUCAAGGAGUUCAUCCAGUCAGACGACGAUAUCGUCGUCACGGACUACAGCACAGUAGGCAUCCGCCCCUUCACCAUGGUCGACACGACGAAUGGCAGUGUGGUCCACCCGGCCGUCCGCUUCGCAUCUACGACCCCGGCCAUCGCCAACCUGACUCGCUCCCGUCCUGAGGCGUACCUGAUCCCUGCGGCCUGGGUCGAACUCGCCGAGCGCCUGCGGGUCGCUGGGCUGGAAGUUGAGACGCUGGACAAGCCGUUUGAGGGGACCGUCGAGGCGCUCACCAUCGCCUCGACCGAGGUGGACACCUCUUACUACGAGGGUGUGAUUCGCGUGACGGCGACGACGAAGACCAAAGAGCGUGAGAUUAGCCUGCCCAAGGGGAGCUUCCGGGUGAGUACGCGACAGAAGAAUGCGGCGUUGGCGAUGGUGGCGCUCGAGCCAGAGAAUAUUGACUCGUACGUUUCGUUUAAUAUUGUGCCUGUGGAGGAGGCGGAUGAGUACCCUAUCUUUAGGGUUAUGUCUUAG